AUGAGGCUCCUGGCUCAGAAUAAAAGAUGUGAAACUUCAGCCAUACUUCCCAUUGCCUCCAGCUGUUGCACCCAGUUAUCACAUCAUAUUUCCAGAAGGCUUCUGGAAAGAGUGAAUAUAUGUCGUAUUCAGAGAGCUGAUGGGGAUUGUGACUUGGCUGCUAUCAUCCUUCACAUCAAGCGCAGAAGAAUCUGUGUCAGCCCGCACAAUCAUACUAUUCAGCAGUGGUUGAAAGAACAAGCAGCCAAGAAAAAUGCUAAAGGCAACAUUUGCCACUUGAAGAAACAACACCCCAAGAGGAAUAAUAAAAGGGUACAACAGGCAAAACAUGAAACAACCGGCCAUAAAACUCCUUAUUAGAGAACUUAAAAAUUAGUACACAAAGACAGUGUCUGAAGGAAACUUGGCCAUGUUUGGUUAUAAAUUUAUCAUUUGUGAUGUUCCUCAUUGAAAGCCAACAGGGCAAAAUAAAA